CAAAAUUCCUGACUAAGGUUUUUGGGCAUACAUACGUGCGACCUAUGAAGCAAAUAAAGGCCCUGCUGCAGCACAAUCGUAAUACCAGCGAGUCCAGCAGGCAAUCAAGCAGCAGAGCAGCCUCCCCAGUAGACACUCCCUCCCCAUCCAGGACUCAGACGGCAAAUUUGGCCGCUGAAGUGCCCCCACCGGUGAAAGUGGACCAAAUAUCUCCUCCUCCUGUGCCCGCUGCGCAACCAGACACAGUCGGCACCGCAGGGCCCAGCAUGGCAGCACCGUUGGAGGGCAGGACACAUUCAGGCGCCGUUGGGCCCAGAGCACCGGCCAGCUUCUACUGCCCGAUCAGCAUGGAGCUGAUGGCUGAUCCGGUGAUGGUGGCAACGGGGCACACGUACGACCGCGUGUGCAUCGAGCGGUGGCUGGCGCAGGGCAACCGCACCUGUCCCGUCACGGGCAUGCGCCUGCGUCACCUGGAGCUGACGCCCAACUUUGCCCUGCGCAAUGCUAUCAUGGAGUGGGCGUCCUCCAACCAGGUGACCGUUCCGCACAAGGAGAACCGUGUGAACGCCUCGCAGCUGUACAAGGGCGGAGACGAAGAGACACCCAACAAUAUCUUGCAGGGUCAUGAUGAGAUUGUGUGGGCCGUGGAAAUCCAUGACCAGCGCUUGUUCUCUGCCUCAGCCGACAAGACCAUCCGCGUCUGGGACAUUGCCUCCAAGCGCUGCGAGCAGGUGCUUGAGGACCAUUCGCGGCCGGUGCUGUCCCUGGCCAUCGCAGAUAACAAGCUGUUCUCAGGCUCCUAUGACUACACCAUCAAAGUCUGGUCCCUCGACACCCUGCAGCGCCUCAAGACCCUCACUGGGCACAGCGACGCGGUCCGCGCGCUGGCCGUGGCGAACGAGCGACUGUUCAGCGGAAGCUAUGACGGCACCGUGAAGGUGUGGGACGUGCGCACGAUGGAGUGCCUUCAGACGCUGGCGGGGCACACGGGGCCAGUGCGCACACUCGUGUACUCUGGCGGCCACAUGUUCUCCGGCUCCUAUGACAAGACGGUACGGGUGUGGGAUGUUGAUACGCUGAAAUGCCUGUCGACGCUGACUGGUCACAGCGGGGCGGUGCGUGCUCUGGCGGCCUCUUCCAAGCGCGUCUUCUCCGGCAGUGAUGACACCACCAUCAAGGUGUGGGACAGCGAGACGCUGGAGUGCCUGCGUACCCUGGAGGGGCAUGAGGACAAUGUGCGCGUGCUGGCAGUCGGAGAGCGCUAUGUCUUCUCCGGCUCAUGGGACAAGAGCAUCAGGGUGUGGGACACAGAGUCUCUGGAGUGCGUGAAGGUGCUGGAAGGGCACAAUGAGGCGGUGCUGGCGCUGGCCGUGGGGCCCUCAUUCCUGGUUUCUGGCUCCUAUGACACCACCGUUCGCUUCUGGGCCCUUGACUCCCUCCGCUGCGUCAGGAAAUGUGAAGGACACGAGGAUGCUGUGCGCGUGUUGGCAGUGGCCGCGGGCAAGGUGUUCUCAGGAUCUUACGAUGGGACAAUCGGUGUGUGGUGACGUCUGACACAGGAGACAAGGCAUGAAGACAGCACAAGACUAUCUGUUGCGCUUCCCGACCAUUGAAGUGUCAAGUUUCCGGUGUUUAUGAUGGUUAAGAGGCUCUCAUGAGAUUGGAUUGAGCCCGGUUGACAUCCGAAGUGAACUUGUUGACAUCCCGGGGAAGAGGGGAGAAAUCUUUAGGAUGUCAGCAUAGGUGGCCCUGAAGUUGAUAGCCGCUUGGAAAUUUUUCCAUGCAAUACUUUUUUAGUUUGCUCUUUAGAAGAGCCUCCAGAUAUCAGCAUGUGUUAUCAACCACCUCAGGGCGGAUAUUCUGUUGUGGAAACCUCUCGCAAGAAGCCCUCUUAAGCUGGGCUCCUUAGUCUGAGAGCCACAAGUGUGACGGCGGUUGCUUUUGUCAUGUCACCCUUGUGUGUUGCAUGCACCUGACAUUCGUUGUCAAGAUCAUUGCCAAUGCUGUAUUGGCUGAUGCGUGUUUGCCUGUACGUUUGUCCAUUGGUGAGCAUGUUGGGUAUACCAUGCAGUGUAUGCUUAAGCAUGCACCUUGGGUGUUUGGUCAAAGUUGAGCAUGAGCUCAUGAUUCCAGUGGGACUGUAGUUGUAACAUUAGUUAUCAGC